GUAGCUGGGCCAGCCUGGGGCUUGGUUCUAUGUCCCUGCGGGUCGGUGCGAGGGCGAAGAGGAACCCGUGGGCCUCGAGGGAUCCCGGGGGGCCGGACCAGUGUUCCCCAGUUGUGGGAGCAGACGCGUGGGCGCAUCGCGGGCGGGCAGGGCCUGAAGUGCAGCCUUUCCUCGUUGUUUCCAGCGUUUGAGCUAUGUUUCCAGUGUCCUCUGGGUGUUUCCAAGAGCUACAAGAAACGAAUAAAUCUCUGGAGUUGGUGUCCUUCGAGGAGGUAGCUGUGCACUUCACCUGGGAGGAGUGGCAGGACCUGGAUGACGCUCAGAGGACCCUGUACAGGGACGUGAUGCUGGAGACCUACAGCAGCCUGGUAUCAUUGGGGCAUUGCAUUACCAAACCUGAGAUGAUCUUCAAGCUAGAGCAAGGAGCAGAGCCAUGGAUAGUAGAAGAAACCCCAAACCUGAGACUUUCAGCUGUCCAGAUCAUUGAUGACCUUAUUGAAAGGAGCCAUGAAAGUCAUGAUAGAUUUUUCUGGCAAAUUGUAAUCACCAACAGCAACACAUCAACUCAGGAGAGAGUUGAAUUAGGAAAAACAUUUAAUUUGAACACAAACCAUGUUUUAAAUCUGGUUAUAAAUAAUGGAAACAGUUCAGGAAUGAAGCCUGGGCAGUUUAAUGAUUGCCAGAACAUGCUUUUCCCUAUUAAGCCUGGGGAGACACAGUCUGGAGAGAAACCUCAUGUCCCUGAUAUAACCAGGAGAUCCCACAGACAUCAUGAACAUCUUACUCAGCAUCACAAGAUUCAAACUCUGCUGCAGCCUUUUCAAUGUAAUGAACAAGGGAAAACCUUCAACGCGGAGGCAAUGUUCUUUAUACAUAAGAGGGUUCAUAUAGUACAGACCUUUGGUAAAUAUAAUGAACAUGAGAAAGCCUAUAAUAACUCAGCUGUUAUUGUCCAAGGGAUAACUCAGGUAGGACAGCCAACUUGCUGUAGAAAGUCUGACUUCACUAAACAUCAGCAAACACACACAGGAGAGAAACCCUAUGAAUGUGUUGAAUGUGAGAAACCCUCCAUUAGCAAAUCAGACCUUAUGAUACAGUGCAAGAUGCCUACUGAGGAAAAACCUUAUGCCUGUAACUGGUGUGAAAAAUUGUUCAGCUAUAAGUCCAGCCUCAUUAUCCAUCAGAGAAUUCACACAGGGGAAAAGCCCUAUGGAUGCAAUGAAUGUGGAAAAACCUUUCGCCGUAAGUCAUUCCUCACUUUACAUCAGAGAACUCACACGGAUAAACCCUACAAAUGUAUUGAAUGUGGAAAAACUUUUCACCAUAAGUCACUUCUCACUUUACAUCACAGAACUCACUCAGAGGAAAAGCCCUAUCAGUGUAGUGAAUGUGGAAAAACCUUUAGCCAGAAGUCAUACCUCACAAUACAUCAUAGAACUCACACAGGGGAAAAGCCCUAUGCAUGUGACCAUUGUGAAAAAGCAUUUAGCCAUAAGUCAAGGCUUACUGUCCAUCAGAGAACACACACAGGGGGAAAACCCUAUGAAUGUAAUGAGUGUGGAAAACCCUUUAUCAAUAAGUCGAACCUCAGGAUACAUCAGAGAACUCACACAGGGGAAAAACCCUAUGAAUGCAAUGAAUGUGGGAAAACGUUUCACCGUAAGUCAUUCCUCACUGUCCAUCAAAGGACUCACACAGGGGAAAAACCCUAUGAAUGCAAUGAAUGUGGGAAAAUCUUUUGCUGUAAGUCAUUCCUCACUGUCCAUCAGAGAACUCAUGCUGGGGAAAAACCAUAUGCAUGUAACAAAUGUGGAAAAACAUAUAGCCACAAGUCAUACCUUACAGUACAUCACAGAACAGGGGAAAAACCCUAUGAAUGUAAUGAAUGUGGAAAAUCCUUUCACUGUAAGUCAUUCCUAACUAUACAUCAGAGAACUCAUGCUGGCAAAAAACCCUAUGAAUGUAAUGAAUGUGAGAAAACCUUUAUCAAUAAGUUAAACCUUGGGAUACACAAGAGAACUCACACAGGGGAAAGACCCUAUGAAUGUAAUGAAUGUGGAAAAACCUUUCGUCAGAAGUCAAAUCUCAGCACCCAUCAGGGAACUCACACAGGAGAGAAACCUUACGUAUGUAAUGAAUGUGGAAAAACCUUUCAUCGCAAGUCAUUCCUCACCAUACACCAGAGAACUCACACAGGGAAAAACCGUAUGGAUGUAAUGAAUGUGGAAGAACUUUUUGUCAGAAAUCAUACCUUAUUAUACAUCAGAGAACUCACACCGGGGAAAAGCCCUAUGAAUGUAAUGAAUGUGGAAAAUCCUUUCAUCAGAAGGCAAAUCUUCAGAAGCAUCAAGUUAUUCACACGGGGGAGAAACCCUAUGAAUGUAGCAAAUGUGGAAAAACCUAGUCAGAAGUCAGUCCUCACUGUACAUCAUAGAACCCAUACCGGAGAAAAACCUUAUGAAUGUAAUGAGUGUGGGAAAACCUUUUGUCACAAGUCAAACCUCAGUACGCCUCAGGGAACUCACUCAGGAGAGAAACCCUAUGAAUGUGAUGAAUGUAGGAAAACUUUUUACAAUAAGACAGUUCUCACCAUACAUCAGAGAACUCACACAGGUGAGAAGCCAUUUGAAUGUAAAGAAUGUAGGAAAACCUUCUCCCAGAAGUCAAAACUCUUUGUACAUCACAGAACUCACACAGGGGAAAAACCCUUUAGAUGUAAUGAAUGUAGGAAAACUUUCUCCCAGAAGUCAGGCCUCAGUAUACAUCAGAGAACACACGCAGGAGAAAAACCUUAUGAAUGUAAGGAAUGUGGGAAAACCUUUUGCCAGAAGUCACACCUCAGCAGGCAUCAACAAACCCAUAUAGGAGAGAAAUCUGAAGUAGCUGAGGCAGGCUAUGUGUUCCCUCAAAAUCACUCUUUUUUCCCUUGAACACACAACCUACACCUCUCCAGCUACUAUUAUAGAUUUCUCCAUGCUCAGUCUAGGAGAAUAUGGACACAAAUGGUGACCAUUACCUCCUGGCCUACCAACAAGAAGGUCUUAACCAUGCUGUAACAGAAGUCCUA